AAGCACAUAUCGUGCACUACAAGAAUGGUGUGCCCCUCGAAUUUUAGUCGACGGAACAGAAGCCUACUCUGCCGUGCCCCAACGGUCUUUGACCGAAGCGAAAAAUGUCUUCCUAGACCCAGACAUCGUGCACUUGCUUCGAGAUCCGAGAGGAUGCUUGGGUGAUGAGCAACAAUCAGGUGAUAUCGCAGAGCUCGAGAAAAGGUGGCUCAAAUUUACAAAAUACAUGCUGCAACUCGACAGGACAGGUGUGUCUGAAAUCAGAUAUGAGGACCUAGAGGGGGCUCUACGUGAGAUUUCGUUGCGCCUUCUAAUUCCUAAUCUUGACUUGGUCAUUCAUGUUUCCAAGCAUUCAAGGGAAUAAAUAUACGAAGGACCACUCCAAAGCGACACUCAAUCGAUCGCAUGGGGCCUUGGAUAUCAACUCUCAUUGAAAAACAAUGGGACUAGUCCUACUAUUCUUAUCUAACAAGAUGCUAUACGCAACGUCGCCAUUUGGUUGCAAAAAGGGGACAUUAGUAAACCCACACUGGUAGUUCUCCAUGCUCUAUUUGGCAUGCAAGUGGGUUCUCCUUAUCUGCCUUGUUUUCCAGACGAUAUGCCGGUGGUGGCACUUCAGGCCCCUGAACUAAUUGAACACACUGUCAUUGGUAGCAUUCGUGAGCGUGCCAUAUAUUACCGCAACAUCCUGAUUUCUCUGUUAGAUGGACGCAAGCCAAUCGUUCAUAUUUUCGGGUUGUCCUUUGGGGGACCUUUGGCCUUUGAACUAGCUAUUUCUCUACAACAUAGUCCGCUGAACUGCGGAUCCCUAUGUUUGUCCGACCCCCCUCCCUUUUGCCUGCCCUCUAAGUCCACAACAAGCACGUUGACAAUGAGAGCUCGAUUCUACGAUUUCUGCUUCGCAGUUGCAAUUUCCAAACAGACAAACUUUCAAGGUGGGGUCUAGGUUAAGGACAUAAAAUGCCCGGCUGAUCUUGAAAGACUCGUCUUUUCGGCAGCUCCUGAAUCUCUUGCAAGGGAAUUUUCGCAGAUAGUUGACUUCAUGCUGAAGGCUGGAAGCGAACUCCAAACACUAGAUUGCUCUGCAAAUCGCGAGAAGUACACAGGCCCAUGUGCCUUCCUGAAGACAGGGGAAGGCGUUUAGUAUUUUAAGGAGAGAGG